AUGAUCUGUGACACAAUGAUCUGUGACACAAUGAUCUGUGACACAAUUAUCUGUGACACAGUGAUCUGUGACACAAUUAUCUGUGACACAAUGAUCUGUGACACAAUUAUCUGUGACACAAUUAUCUGUGACACAGUGAUCUGUGACACAAUUAUCUGUGACACAAUUAUCUGUGACACAGUGAUCUUUGACACAAUGAUCUGUGACACAGUGAUCUGUGACACAAUGAUCUGUGACACAAUGAGAUGUGACACAGUGAUCUGUGACACAAUGAGAUGUGACACAAUGAUCUGUGACACAGUGAUCUGUGACACAAUGAUCUAUGACACAAUCAGAUGUGACACAAUGAUCUGUGACACAGUGAUCUGUGACACAAUGGUCUGUGACACUGCCAGAAAAGAGGUACGGUUCAAAUUCUGUAUUACCCAAUGUUGA